AUGCCUCGCUAUUGCCAUGGCUUCGAGGAUCCAUCAGGAGACGGAGCCCGACCAUGCAUUUUCUCGCAAGAUGGUAGAGGUGGACCUGCGCAAACCAGCAACAAGAGCUGCGUACUGUGCAGUCUGGAAAGCCUAGAACUCGCUCUUGGUUCUCGUGUGGCCAGAGGCAAUUUGAUCAGACAGCUGAAGCACUGGCGGCAAGUCGGGUCGCCUACAUAUGAAGCGGCAUUUGGGUUGGGAUCAUUGUGUGUGCUAUCUGCCAGCGAGCAAUGUGGCUUGCGGGCAAAGGCCGGAGAGCGUCGCAACUUCAAGCCAUCCAGCAGUUGGUUGCAUAAGAAGCAACGGCGCCUGAGGCAGUUCUUGCUCGGCCGAGCAAUCCCGCGGACGAGCCUGAGCACCCGCAGCCGAAAAUAUGUGCAGUCUGCAUCAAGCCAGCGCAGUGGUGGCCAAAGCUGGAUUCUUCACUAUUACUCUGUGCACAAUCGCAAGAUGGCACAUCGUCUUGCCACUGCGUUAAAGAAAGUCGCAGGUGGUACAGUUUGGAAGGGGAAGAAGGCGUCGCUGAGAGGAUACCGCCAAAGAUGGUGGCGAGCUCGGAGGGAACUGAGACGAAGAUAUUCUGAGCUGAUGGCUAUGGCUGAAGGGCCUCUUUUGAGCUGCAGAGCCGCGAAGUGGGCAAUCGAAGAGGAUAUACUGCAAGCUGGCUUUCGAGUGCCUCUAUCUGACAGGAUGUCAUGCCAGAAUCAUCCGCAAUGGAGAUUCUUGGCUGAAACCGGCCACAUCCUUUACUUCCAGAGCCCGCAUGAAAGUCUGGAUUUCGCACAGAAACAGUUGGCGAGUGCGACGUGCUCCAUCAACAACGCACUGGGCAGACCCACGUGCGACAUCACUUUGCAGACGGCCCAACGCCUAUUGAAGGCACGCGGUUCUGAACAUGAUUGGCGCAUGUGUGUGAAGCGGGAUGGCAAGAUACUGUCUCCUUUCGCCGUUGGCUGUGCCCUGGAACAGAUUGGUUUCAAAUUGCAGUAUUGUUCUGACCCAAGCAUUUGGCCAGCUGGAGCACAGAGCCUGCUGCAAAUCCGUGGCGACCAGAAUUCUGGUAAUGAGCAUUGGGCUGCUCUGACAUCCUGUGAUGGCCGAAUAUAUGUGUUAGAUUGCUUCCAAGGCAAGCCUGAGCUGGUCAUGAAUUGGCACCCAGACUUGCAACCUUGCGAAACCUACGCGGUGCGUAUCCUCAAGAAGAAGAAGGCCGGGAGCGGGAACGAAGCCGUGCAGGCUCGCCUGCAUGGUGUCCCAGGUCGUGAGGUGCGUGCUCUCGCGGACCAGGUACGCGAUCUCGGCCCGAAGAAGGUGAAGGUGGGGUGCUUGAAGCCAGAAGAAGGCGAUCUUCAAGAGGAGGCGACAACAAGCUCGAAGGACUUACUCUCAGAAUACGUUCUCGGCGCGUGGUCUCAACCUGAAGAAGACAGAGGCGGCGACAAGGCCGGAGUGCCUAUCCUCAAUCAAUAUGGGGUCCCAGGUGCGCGGUCUCAACUUGAAGAGGAUGGAGGCGGGAACCAGGACGGAGGCGAGGAGAGGCCGGAGUGCCUAUCCUCAACCAAGAUAGGCUCCCAGGUGCAUGGUUUCAUCUUGGAGAAAAGAGAAAGGAAGCUCAAUCUGAAGAAGACAGAGGCAAGAACGAGGUGCGGAAGCUCACAAGUCGAAGAAGACAGAGGCAACGGCAAGGUGUGGGAGCUCAAGCCGAAGAAGACAGAGGUGUGUGGUCUCAGCGACAAGGCUGAGAGGGCUUAUCCGGUGGCAGGGUGGCACGAAUUCUCAGGGAAGGUAGUGGCAGAAAUCAAUGGGGUGCGUAUCCUCAAGAAGAAAAAGGCCGGGAGCGGGAACGAAGCCGUGCAGGCUCGCCUGCAUGGUGUCCCAGGUGCGUGGUCUCAGUCGAAGAAGGCGGAGGCAGGGACGAGGCCGGCGCAAUAUGGGGUUCCAGGCGCGUGGUCUCAGCCCGAAGAAGGCGGAGGCGGGGACGAGGCCGGAGCUGGGGUCCCAGGUGCGAAAGCGGAGGCGGGGACGAGGCCGGAGCGCUUAUCCUCGACCAACGUGGAGUCCCAGGUACGCGAUCUCGGCCCGAAGAAGGUGAAGGUGGGGUGCUUGAAGCCAGAAGAAGGCGAGCUUCAAGAGGAGGCGACAACAAGCUCGAAGGACUUACUCUCAGAAUACGUUCUCUGCGCGUGGUCUCAACCUGAAGAAGACAGAGGCGGCGACAAGGUGCGCGGUCUCAACUUGAAGAGGAUGGAGGCGGGAACCAGGCCGGAGCACUUCUCCUCAACCAAUAUCGGGUCCGAGGUGCGUGGUCUCAACUCGAACAGGUGCAUGGUUUCAUCUUGGGGAAAAGAGAAAGGCAAGGACAAGGCCGGGGUUCGAAGUGCGUGGCCCCAGGAAGCUCAAGCUGAAGAAGACAGAGGUAAGAACGAGGUGUGGAAGUUCAAGCUGAAGAAGACACAGGCGUGGAAGCUCAAGCUGAAGAAGGGCAAGGACAAGGUGCGUAUCCUCAAGAAGAAGAAGGCCGGGAGCGGGAACGAAGCCGUGCAGGCUCGCCUGCAUGGUGUCCCAGGUGCGUGGUCUCAGUCGAAGAAGGCGGAGGCAGGGACGAGGUGCGUGCUCUCGCGGACCAGGCCGGCGCAAUACAGGAUUCCAGGCGCGUGGUCUCAGCCCGAAGAAGGCGGAGGCGGGGACGAGGCGGGGACGAGGCCGGAGCGCUUAUCCUCGACCAACGUGGAGUCCCAGGUACGCGAUCUCGGCCCGAAGAAGGUGAAGGUGGGGUGCUUGAAGCCAGAAGAAGGCGAGCUUCAAGAGGAGGCGACAACAGGCUCGAAGGACUUACUCUCAGAAUACGUUCUCGGCGCGUGGUCUCAACCUGAAGAAGACGGAGGCGGCGACAAGGCCGGAUCGCCUAUCCUCAACUGUCAUGGGUUCCCAGGUUCGUGGUCUGGAGAGAACAGAAGCCGAGACCAGGCCGGAGUGCCUAUCCUCAAGCAAUAUGGGGUCCCAGGUGCGCGGUCUCAACUUGAAGAGGAUGGAGGCGGGAACCAGGCCGGAGCACUUGUCCUCAACCAAUAUCGGGUCCGAGGUGCGUGGUCUCAACUCGAACAGGACGGAGGCGAGGAGAGGCCGGAGUACCUAUGCAAGGACAAGGCUGGGAGGGCCCAUCCUCAACCAACAUGGGGUUCCGAGGUGCGGAAGUUCAAGCUGAAGAAGACACAGGUGUGGAAGUUCAAGCUGAAGAAGACAGAGGCGUGGAAGCUCAAGCUGAAGAAGGGCAAGGACAAGGCGUGGAAGCUCAAGCUGAAGGAGACGGAGGCGUGGAAGCUCAAGCUGAAGAAGGGCAAGAACAAGGCGUGGAAGCUCAAGCUGAAGGAGACGGAGGCAAGGACAAGGCAAGGACAAGGCCGGGAGGACUUAUCCUCAACCAAUAUGGGUUUCCGAGGCGUGGAAGCUCAAGCUGAAGAAGGGCAAGAACAAGGCAUGAAGGCUCAAGCUGAAGAAGACAGAGGCAAGGACAAGGCGUGGACGCUCAAGCGGAAGAAGACAGAGGCAAGGAGGAGGCCGGGCGUGGACGCUCAAGCGGAAGAAGACGGGGGCAAGGACCAGGCGUGGAAGCUCAAGCGGAAGAAGACGGAGGCAAGGACGAGGCGAACACUGAAGGAGACGGAGUCGCCGAAGGCGAGCCAUGGAGAGUGCAAGGAAUAUGCCCGAUACUUGGGCAUCGACCCCGGAUACGAGGGAGAAGAGACACACAACGCGAUGUUGUGCCCGAGCCUCGGUGCAUGGUCUCAACCUGAGAAGAACACGGAGGCGGGGAUCAGGUGUGACGUCUCGCAGCCCGAAGAAACUGGAGGCGGGGACGAGGCGGGAACUACGGGGUCCCAAUCCGGAGAAGGCGAAGGCGGGGAAGAGGUGCGUGGUCUCAACCUGAAGAAAGCGGAGGGGACGAGGCCGGAGGGCUUAUCCUCAACCAAUAUGGGGUCCCAACCCGAAGAAGGCGAAGGCGGGGACGAGGCCGGUGUGAAGUCUCAUCCCGGAGAAGGAGGAGGCGGGGACGAGGCCAAAGCGAUUAUCCUCAACAAAUCUGGGGUCCGAGGUGUGAAGUCUCAUCCCGGAGAAGGAGGAGGCGGGGACGAGGCCAAAGCGCUUAUCCUCAACCAAUAUGGGGUCCUAGGUGCGUGUUCAGACAGCCCGAAGAAGGCGGAGGCAGGGUGCGUGGUCUCACAGCCCGAAGAAGGCGGAGGCGGGGACGAGGCGCGGACGAGGCCGGAGAGCUUGUCCUCAACCAAUAUGGGGUUUCAGGGAAAACGAGGUGUGGAAGCUCAAGAUGAAGAAGACAGAGGCAAGGACGAGGUGUGGAAGCACAAGCUGAAGAAGACAGAGGUGCGCGGUCUCAACCCGAAGGAAACGAGGGCCUGGUUGUGCAAAGAGCUAUGUGUGUCGACACGCGAAGCUGUUGCCCAAGAGAACUUGCCCAAGAGCGACAAGGCUCGCCGAGACCUGCGCAGUGUCCAACAGGACCCCGCCAUGUUGUCAGAGCAGUCUUCAGGGCGAUACAUCGUCAGCGACGACGUGGAGCUGCCAGAGGAUCGCGUCCAGUACAGCGACGUGAACCUACUUCGACAAGCCCUCCUCGACGCCCGUGAGUUCCUUCGCUCAGGCUAUACGGAAAUCCACUUCCGAGUCUGGAGGCGCGACGAACCGAUGAAGCUUCUCUGCGCACGGAGUGCCAAGCAGCAUGAGGGCACGAUGGAACUCUACCUCACCUACGAGGACGGCGGCGAGGAAGAGGGCCUGCUGCAUCCGGCAGGAACCGGUUGCACCGGACCGUUGUUCGCGUUUGCCAGCAGACGCCAAGACGGCAUUCCAGCUCCUCGACGACGGCUGGGACGUGCUCAUACAAUCUUCUUCUUCAAGAACGAUCUGGUGGAGUGGACGGCAAAAAGGUGCAAGGAGGGCCUGGUGCAUCACAUGCGGCCGCGCUCCUCCAUCAUGUCGCAGUCGGGCAUACAGGUGCUCAGUCUCAGCGGGAACAACGUUGGAGGCGGAGACACGGACGAGUCCCGAAGGCUCGCAUGCCGAGAGAUUCGCCUAUCCUCAACCAAUACGGCGUCGCAGGUACUCCGGAAGCAAGGCCAGAGCGCUAUGGGGCUCGGGGUCCGCGGUCCCAGCCCGAAGAAGGCCGCCGGAACGAGGCUGGAACGUUUAUCCUCAACCACUGUGGGAUUCGAGAUCAGCAGCCCAGAAGCCGAAGAAGGCGAAGGCGGGGACGAGGCCGGAGCGCUUAUCCUCAACCAAGAUGGGGUUUCAGGUGCUUGGUCUGAAGCUGAGAAGACGGCGGAGGCCGGAGCGCUUAUCAUCAACCAAGAUGGGGUGUCAGGUGCAUGGUUUGAAGCUGAGAAGACGGCGGAGGCGGGGACGAGGCCGGAGCGCUUAUCAUCAACCAAGAUGGGGUCUCGGGUGCGUGGUCUCAAGCCGAAGACGGCGGAGGCGGGGACGAGGCCGGAGCGCUUAUCAUCAACCAAGAUGGGGUCUCAGGUGCGUGGUCUCAAGCCGAAGAAGGCGAAGGCGGGGACGAGGCCGGAGCGCUUAUCCUCAACCAAGAUGGGGUGUCAGGUGCUUGGUCUGAAGCUGAGAAGACGGCGGAGGUAG